AUGGUCUUCCGCUUCGCCAAAACCCUCGACCCAAUAACCCUCUUCCACGCCCCGAACCUCCCCUCUAGCAAAUCCGCCUUAUCCAUCCUGCAACGCGCGUCGACAACAGCCACAAGCACUUCAGGCACUCCGCGGGGCGAAUUCCAGCUGGAGGUGAGCACAGCGCCGCCGACGAACGACCAGUUGCGGAAUAUCCUUGACUAUGUAUCGGGGAGUAACACGGGGAGUGGAGCGGGGAUUGGCAAGGUGUAUGGUGUGGGCGAGGUGGUGAGGGGGGCGAGGGAUGCGGAGGAUGCGGUUAAGAGGUUUAAGGCGGAUCCUGAGGGGAGUUUUGUGAGACCUAUUACAGUCGACUGGACGAAAGGACAGGCUGUGGUUGGGGAUAAUGAGUCGGAGAUUCUCAAGAUGGUGCAGGAGUUGGAGUGAAGGGAUUGACUAUUCUGAAUCUAGUAUACUUGCAACUCAUGCAGGUCUACAAUAGCUGUAUCAUACACAACUCCUUUCUCUUAACCCUUCCCAUUUCGUAUCCGUUCCAUUAAAAGUACUUGCUAAAACAAUCCUCGAGAUCCAGCUCGUGCCCGAAUAGAACUCCCGUCAUUCAUGCAGCCUAAAACAUCGUUCCGAAUGAUCCGUCCGUCGCGAUCGGUUUGCGCGGUGAGCCGCGGCCUAGCCCGUCCAUGGCCGGCUUGCGGUGU